AUGACGCAGCUUGGGGAGGAUUCAUCGUUGUUGUCUGCAAAAGAAGAACAAAGAGUUGAGAAAUCUGCAGACAAGAGGAGAAUUCAUGAACUGGAAGACGAAAUUAAGAGAAGGGAAGAAUCCCAGAAGAAGAUGUAUGAUUCAUUCGUUGCUCAAACCAAAGAGCUCGAGAAAAAAAAGGUUUCACUUGAAGAAUCAAGGCAAGAAAUCACAUCCCUCCGUGAAAUCCUCGAGAAAAUGAAAGGUUCAUCCGAGGCUGCCGCAUCCCAGAGUUAUUCUUCAUUAGAUAGCCUCGAGUUCGAGCUUCAAUCUACCAAAGAUAACGAAGAGAGCGUUGCUUCAUUAAAGGCCAAGAUGAACUCGCUAGAAUCUGAACUGAAAUUGACCCGAGAAGCCGAAGAGAACAAUCUGAGAGCCCUGGACGACUUAGCCUUAGCAUUGAAAGAAGUAAGAACGGAAGCCAUCGAAACCAAGGAGGAAGCAUCGAUGAUAAAAGAGGAGCUCGAGAAAUCAAACCACGAAGUAGAAAAUCUGAAGCUAGAGUUGAAGAAAUUCGAGGUAAUGUACAAUGAAGCAAAGAACGAAGCCGAAACAUUCAAAUACAUUUCCGACAGGUUAACAUUAGAAGCUGAAGAAAACCUAAUGCAAUGGGACAUGAAAGAGACGGGCUUUGUGGAUUGCAUCAAAAAACUGGAAGACGAAAGGAAUGCUGCACAAGAAGAGAACAAGAUAUUGCUUGAAUCACUAACAGAAGCUCAAAACAUGUACAGAAAAGCCAUGGAAGAGAAGGAAGAACUGAAGGACAACAAGAAACAGGCUGUGUAUGAAGCUAAUUCCCUAAAUAAAGAAGGCUCAAAUAAACAUUCCCCAGAAAACGAAAACUGUAAGAGUAAUGGAUCAGCAACUUUCGAGAUCAUCAGGGAGUGGAAGCUAUUGCUUUGUGAAGAGAAAAGCAAUAAACAUAAAGAUGAUAAAGCACAUAACAAGAAAUCAAAACAACAUAAAUUCAGCUCCCCUUGUUUGAAUAUAAAAUUCCCAUAUAAACUCAAGGAGGUUGAUCAAGACGAAACCAAGAACCUGAUCAAAGAAUGUGAUGAAGAAUCGGAGUCUGAUUGGUCUGAUCCACUGAGGGGUUCUAUAUUUGAUGUGGUUGAAAGUCCAGAACACCAGAAAAAGUCUGCUUUUGUGGCCAUUGAUGAAGAUAUGAAUAACAGCGAGGAGUUUUAUCAUCUUGGGACGGGCCAUUUCUAUGUAGAAAACGAUAAGGCCUCCCGGAAAAAGAAAGCAUUGUUGAGUAGGGUUAGUGAUCUUUUAAAGAUAAGAACCUUGCACUAG